CGAGCGCCUGCACACGUGAUGUCUCAAACGCGGCCGCAUGUGUGAAUCAGGCUGUGAAAGAGCAGUAAUAAAACCACGUCGGGAUCGUCCUUCCUCUUCUUAUCCAGACUUUAUCUCGAAGAGAACAGACGUUAUAGCUAUGGCUUUCAAAGGCGAAAUCAAGAUCAUAGUCAAAGUGACCUCAACUAAAUUUAUGUUGCCAGCAAGAUUGACUCGGACACAUAGGCCUAUCGAGACUACGUUUUCUAAAACAUGCCGUUCGGAUGUCAUCGGCGCCGGAGUUGAACGAUUGAGACAGGAAGCGAUAGAAGGCAAAAUAAGGCCCUGUAAGCGAAGUCGAAAUAUCAGAGUACUGCCAAAAAGGGUUGGCAGUCAUAAGCGGGACCCUAGGAAAAUAUGGUUGCAAAGACAUCGUGGUGAAUUAUCAAACGAGAAGUUACAACCAGAAUCAACCACCGCACAAUCGUUGUUCUCCGUCCCACCGUUACCGGAUUGUCCCGCCGUCUCCUGCCCCUCUCCGACGUUGCCUGCCCCCUCCCUCUCCCCCGUGUCACCGAAUCCCCGGGGUGGGAGACCAGUCAAUCCGCUCCCUCGCCACAAGAGAUCCUCUCACAUUAACGCCGAGCAUCGAAGGAGAAAUAAGAUACAGACGGGGUUUGAAACCUUAAAAGAACUCGUGCCAGCUCUCGCAGAGGAAAAAAACAUUUCAACCAAAGAAAGUAAAUCCGCAAAGUUACACAAAGCUGCCGAACAUGUUCGUGGGCUGAAGUUUGAUUUGAAGAGUCAACAAGACGAACUGCAAGCACUCAGACAGGAAAUAGCAGACUUGAACGCGCAAAUCAUGACGUUUCAUCAACAACUUCCGGCCACGGGCAUUGCCGUUGUUGAAAAGCCAGCCUGCCACCUGGAAACGAUGUACAGAGACUAUCUCAAGUCAAGAACACAAGAAAACUGGAAGUUCUGGAUCUUCAGUGUGAUACUGCGUCCACUGUUCGAAUCCUACAGCCGCGUAGUGACCAGCGUCACAACCACCUCCUUCCUCCAGACCGUGCGGGACUGGGCGCACGAACACCUAACUCUCGUCAAUCUCAGGCCAUGUGUUUUAUCAGCACUGCGGCAUAUAAGUCUCAACUCAAGCAUUCUCACAGAACCCGAAAAACUCCCCGAAGAAGCACCGCGGAGAGUUAUGGAAAUGCUAUGCGACAAAUCCGUUAAGUAGUGCCACAAGAGUUGUCUCCCCGUGUCCUUAGUCCAUCCACAAGUCUUUCAAUGGGAAUCAAAACUUGACUUUGGCAGGCUACGGCCCAGUCGAACAUUACAUUACCAAUGUUCUUGGUAUUGAGACAUUUUACUGACUGUUAGCAGACAAUUGGUAAAUGCGUGGGAAUAAAUUACACAAGGAAUUCAAUUCAGUUGGUCAAGAACGGAGAUUGGCAAGGCUACUACACAUAUACAUUGUGCGCUCUUCAGGAAAACCAGUCGUAGCCUUAAUCCAUGGUUUGCAUAAGGCCUUAAGACAGUAUCCAUAAUAUACCAGACAGGCCUUACAGACAGCCAUGUCUUCAUGUGGAACUGAGCAUAGCUAACAAACACCUGGGACCAAUGUCGUCUGAUCUCAAAGACAUUAUCACCCUCCUUGUUCCUGAUCAAAACGUCAAUACAUCACGAAACUGGACGGCGCUAGAGAGUCUUUAAAAAAACUUUCAUUUUGUUUUAUUUUAAUGUCCUCAGCUUUUCAUCCAUUUUGUCAGAGACCAUAUACCGAUAUAUGGUCUCUGAUUUUGUUUUGCUAAAUAUGUCUCAGACUUACGCAUGCGCAUGAGCGUACAGUUUGAACCAGAAAUCCGAAGGCCUUUGGUUCGAAGUUUAUUCUCGACUUGGCUUGCUUGCCCUGGGUCCAUCAGUGUCACCAUACAUCCAUAUUUACGACCCCCACACGUGGUGUAACUGAAUUAUUGUUCCAAAGAGCGUUGAGCCCAACCACACACUCGCUCUCUCGUAAAGACAUUCCUGGGCCCACUUGCACAGAGCGAUCUUAGCGCUAAGACUAUCGUAAGCCUAUGUUAAAGUAUGGGAGUUGCGGUCAUCUUAGCACUAAGAUCGUUUUGGGCAGGUCGCUAUAAAUGGCACAAAUAGUCCCGAUGUGACGUUGAAUAAUUAUUCUUGCUCACGCCAAUUAUUUACGGAAACAAACCAGAUGGUGAUAUUAUUCGUAUCCUACCAGUUAUGCUGAUUGUGAUAUUUUUAUGAUUAUGUAACUUAGAAACGGAAAACAACGCAGUGAUCCUCGACACAAUGUGCAAGACACUGGGUAGAUGACGUUAUGUUGCGAUGGUGUUGGUGAUGAUGAUAAUUUGAAGAUGUCAUCAUUGAUUGUCAUGCAUGUGUCCAUAACACUUCAUUUCCAUCACAGCUCACGUGUCGUGUAUGUAUAUUGUUUGUUGUUGAUGAAACAUAAUAAAUCGAUGUGAAACUU